AUGAGGGGUCCAUCCCCGGACGAUGUGUUUGAACAGAUCACGGUGGCUUUCACGAAUCGGCGCUUUGCCCUUGCCCUCGCGCAGCAAGCGCGGGGCACCCGUUGGGUCUGUGGUUUCCGAUUAGUCUAUGGCGUAGGCCAGAACGUGACGGCAGCGCUGCAGCCUGCAAGCUCCGAGGAGGCAGUUGCAAAGCAGCUGCAGGCUCCCUUCACGGUCGACACCGUGCACGUGAAAGGUGGAUUCAAGAACCCUUCACUGAACACGGUCUUCUACCUGGAUCCGCACUUGCAGAUAGGCAGUCGCGCGACCUAUUGGGAUGACAGCAGACGGUGGUUCAUGUACUACCAGGCCCCGAUGAAGCGAUGGGCCAUCAGCAUCCGGGAUGCCUCAACAGGUGAGGAUAUGCUCGAGAAUGCGAAAGGUGGUGGCCUGUGCGGCUUCGCUGUCGAGGUGGACAAGAACAGGAACGCGUGGCAGGAGUUCUUCGACGAGAAGUGGGUGACAGUGGAGAUCGACAUAAGAAAGCUUUGCACCGGGAAGAGGGCGCCUCCUGUGCUGCCCCGCGUUCCGGAGCGACACGCCCCCAACGCAAAGAAGCUCCAGGUGCCCACGAUUCCCACGACUGUGAAGCAAGAGCCGGAGCCCGUGAAGGUGCCGCUGGCACCCACGCUUCCCACGCUCUCGUUGGUCGGAACGGCAGCAGGUGUCAAGGAGGAGAUGAAAGAGGAGGAGUCAUCGGAGUCCAGUCUGCUGCAGGAGUCGAUGGCUUUUCGCGCCGAAGCGCCCGGAGGGCGGGUCGGCCAGGUCUCCGACAAACCGCGGGAGCCUAGAGAAAGCAAGGAGCAGCCGCAGCAGCAGCAGCAGCUCCUGCGGGGGCAGGAGCCCAAAGAGCCCAGUCCGGAGUCUGCCAAUGCCGCCCAGGAGCUGCAGAAGCAGAGCCUGACUGCAAAAGAGGCAGAAAAGAUGAAGCGCAGGGCGGAAAAGGAGGAGAGAGCUCGCCAAAAAGAAAGCGUGCUUAAGGAGAAGAUCCGCAAGGAGCUCCUGGCAAAGGCCGGGUCGGAGCGUGGAGGAGACGUUGCCUCGGCCUCUCUAAGAGCCAAGGUGAAGAAGAAGGAGAAAAAGGACAAGAAAGACAAGACAGGGCGGGCCGACAAGCCUGCGAAACGGACAUCUUCGCCGAAAGAACCGGCGGAGCAAAAGGCUGCCUUCGGAGGGACAAAGAAUGCCCGGGGAAGGCGAAAAGCACAGGACAACAUCACGGAGUUUGGGGUCCAAUCUCAACAGGAGGAAGAGAAGCGUGACGAGCCGGCUCCCAGCUGUACAGAAGAAAGGCCUGAGCCGGAGCCAGCGAAGCGCCCACGCAGGCCCCGCUGGAAUACCACUAUCGCAGCUACGUGGCCGACCUGA